CUGCACUCCGCCCUACAGCUGACACUGAUAGAAGCUCCGACAAUCCUGACUAAAAGAACUAGCGGCUCCCUAACAGUGAACGGGCUCGACGGAGUCAACCGCCGGUCCCUCUGGCAUCCGGGCCCAUCCCUGCCACGCUAGGACGAACUGCGUAAAUGCACGGGGAUCAAAUCGAUCAAUCACGGCCGGAGAUCGCGCGCCGCUUCGCUCAUUCGAUACACCAUUCAGGACGGAGGGUCGACGACUGAUUCUUGAUGGCCGGUCCGGUUUGGUCUCGCUUUCCUCAAAGCGUGAGUGAGGAAUUACUCCGGGUGCAGAAGUGGAGAGAGAUUCGAGACUUUCCAUCCCGACUCCAAUUUGCUAAGACUUUCUCUUUCAACAAGUUUGAGCUCUUUUUUUCUUUUUUUCUUUUCUCCUUUGCGUGGAGCAAUCCUUCAGUCGGACUGUUGUAUCGAGACUACCACACAGCUUUGGAGAGGUUGCGCCAGGCUAGCCAUGGUUUACCUGUCAAAUCCUCGGCUGUACCUGCAGCGACCAUGCAAGUGCAAGCAGCGAACCACCUACCAGGUCGCCUCGCGUCUAAUCUAGCAAUUCUUCAGCUGUCCCAACAACUCUAGUCUAACAGCCUUUCAGCCGGAUGUACAGGAGUGCAGUUCCGGCCAUGACUAGCACGAGUGAGUGACAGACCGGCAGCUCCCAUCCCCCUCCCAGAACAUUCAGCCG